UGAAAAAAGCACAAGAGCCAAUCGGGAGUGGCAGAUUCUUCCUGUAGCGACACUAAUCACUCUUCCACCGCCCUCAACUCCGAUCUGCCGUCAGUCUCUCUCUCCGUUUCCGAUUCCGGCAGCAAUCUCCAAUCCCCAAUCUCCAAAUCUCAAAUCCUCAACGUUUUCACUGCCUGAGAUCUGAACCGAAAAACCAUCUUUCUCUAGAUGCAUAAAUAACAAUAACUCCGAUCAGCGAUUCCAAUCGGCAACAAUGUCUUGUUUAGCGCUCUCUCUACAACCCGCCAAUGGAUCCGACAUCCUUCUCCAAACCCGCGAGUGGUUCCCACCCUCACGCGCCCUCGGCGCCCUCUCCGCCUUCCGCCAAACCCGCCGCUCCUUCGCCGCCAACAAAAACUCCGCCCCCGAAGACGCCUACGCCGCCGAAUCCAUCGGCGACGACCCCCUCGCUGCCUCCAGCGGCCAGGUCAUCGUCGGCGUCGAGAGCCGCUACCGCAUCGUAUACCGCCUUGUCAACGGCAUCUACGUCCUCGGGAUCACCGUCGCCGAUCAUGAUAACUCUGUCAAUGUCUUCGAGUGCAUCCACAUCGUUAACCAGGCUGUCAGCGUCGUCGUCACCGCCUGCCGCGGCGUUGAUGUUACCCCGGAGAAGCUCAGCCGGAAGUACGCUGAGAUCUACAUGGCUCUUGAUAUCGUCCUUCGCGGUGUCAGCAACAUCCGCCUCGCUGCGAUGCUUGCCACCUUGCACGGUGAGAGCCUCGCCAAGAUGGUCCACUCCGCCGUUGACACCGAGAAUAAGAUCCGUGGUGCUGAUAAUUGGUCUUCUGUUGAGGUGCAUUCCCUCGAGCACCGUUCAGGCAUUGACGCUUUUGCCGGUGCCACGUUUGAAUUGCCGCCGGAGACUCUCGAGGCUGGUGAUGAGUUCGCCACUACCCUUGCCCCGGAACGGCCGGAGGAGUUGCAGCAGCAGAAGCAACAGCAGGAGGAAACUCCGGUGGAGAAGGACCCUUUUGCUGCAAGUGAUGCCAUUAACAAGCCGCAAGAGCUUAUGGGUGGGUUCAACAAGACUAAGGACGCUUCUUCUACUGAUUUAACCGUUGCAUUGGAGGGGCUUGAUGUUACCACGCUGCCGCCACCUGAAGCUACACAAUCCACCCAUAUAAAUGUGGAGGGAUUUGAAGGGAACUACGGUGGUGUGGAAUUUGGGCAUGAGCAGGCUUCUUUGGGAGAAGCUUUUGAAGGUUUCAAUGAUGCUUGGGGUGGUGGACUUGAUCCUUCAGAGUUUGUAGGACCAACCAAGGCUCCGAAACCUCAAGGACUUGGUGGAGUUGAACUAUUGCAGACAGGGCCUGAUGCUGCUACUAAAACUGACAAGGGUGGUGCAGGGACUCCAAUUGAGGAUAUGUUGGUAAAGAGAACGGAGAUGAAGGGUCCUGAGAUGUAUGUCUCGGAGGAGAUUAGUGCAGAGUUCAGGGAAUCCUUGCUUGCAAGGGUUGGAUUGAUGGGUGUUGUUUACCUCAGAACUUUGCCACCUAAAACUGCUGGUGAUAAGGAAACUGAAUUCUCAUUCCGAGUUGAGGGAACGAGUGCUGUUAAGAGAUUUGCUAUGCAGAGUUCUCGUGUUAGUAGCCUUGGUAAUGGGAUGUUUCAUGUAAGGACUGCAGCCUCGGAAGAACCUAUACCGAUUAUGAAGUAUAGUUUGCUACCUAGGUUGACGCCUUUGCCUUUGAGGGUUCGGCUUAUAAAACGGCAUACUGGAAGUUUGCUUUCUGUGAUGAUACAAUAUGCUCCGAACCCUGAAUUGCUAGCUCCCUUGACGGAUGUUACAUUCAUUCUGAAACUACCCGUUGACCCGACAUUGUUGAAUCUUUCUCCAAAAGCUGUGUUGAAUAGGUCUGAAAAAGAAAUUAGAUGGCAUGUACCAGAGAUUCCAUUGAAGGGAUCUCCUGGAAGGUUGAGAGCAAGGAUGCCUGUAGAUUCUAGCGAAGAUGAUGAAGAAAUUGAGGUAGUUGGUUAUGUGAAGUUUUCUGCACAGGUAACUCAGUCAUUGUCUGGAGUUUCUCUACGGCCUGCUUCGGAGGGUAAGACAGAUUUCUAUGAGGUUAGCCACAAAUUUGAGAGUGGAGUUUACAUGUGCAACUGAUUUGUAGUCAUAGAUGUAUUUUUUUUUAAAGAGAAUUUGUGCUAAUGCGGUUGUAUGGUUUUGUUGUGUUCAUAGCAUUCUUGGAUAUUGAUCAUGUACCUUGAACUCUGAAAUCAUCUGAAAUUUUUUCUUUCUGUGUGUCAUGGCUAUAAAUUUUUAUCAAUGGAUUGUAUUUGGUCUUCUCAA